AAAACCCAAAGAAAAUUAACAAACUGAAAACGAAAGCUAAAAGCAAAACAAAAUGUUAAAAGAACAAACUAGGCGGACAGAUAGAUAAUACGAACACAUCGGACCGAUCUCAUUUAACCACCACCUGCGUUUCCCAAUCCUUGUGCUGCAUUGCCAAAAGCUGCGCCGUCCGUCUGAUCAGUGCUAGAAGAUCGUUUCCAUCGACUCCCCCAUCAUGCUGUUCUUCAAGCGGUAUCUUGAGAAGUCCCAGCAGGUGGCCGAUCACUUCGAGAGCUCCCAGAUUCCGUGCUACAUCAAGAUGCGUGAUCUGCCGGCGCCACCGGUCGUGGAUCACUGUCGCGAUCUGAUCCUGUCCAGCUGUUCACUGCGUUUUAUGCCGUACACGGAUGAUUGGAUAGUCGUUGAGUACUUUGCCGAUCACGACAGCGAUUAUCUAGUAAGCAUGUAUGUUGUGCUAUCAAUCGAACCCAUCCACCUCCUUCCCCUUCUUCUCCUCCUCACUAACCUAUCGUUCCUUACUUUUGUGUGCGUCUUGCAGUACACCCGAUUCUCGAGUGGAUCGGUGAAGUGAUCAGCGCGCUAUCAUCGCUCUCUACUUUCUUAUCUAUGCGGCGUUGAGUUGAGCUAAAUUUGUCAUUAGAUGUGUCACAUUGCUCUGGUUCUUGGUCUUCUGGUACAGUGAUUACAUGGGAAAGUCACUGUAAUCAGUUCAACUGAAUAUGGAAAUGAAUGUUUCAGGGCUCCAAGAGGCCGAUCACUUGAGAGCUCGGUGAGUAGCAUGAGUUGAUAAGAUAGUACUUGGAACAAAGUAACUUUGUUGGGCAAGGCCUUUAAACUGUGUCGAAAUUCAGAAACUUAAAUAGAGUAUGGGGAAAUUUGGAUGUUACAUAAUUACAAAUAAAUAUUGGUUUGGUUUGGAUUCAAGUGUAGGUUGGCAAAACCAUUUGAAAACAGUAGCUACUUUAAAUAUAAUCAAAAUUUUAGGAGGUUAUCAGAAGCUUAGUGCGGAAACGCGGUUUGAGCUGUAGUCAUCAGCAAUAAAAUGGUACUUAAAUAGAGCAGUUAAGCGAAACCUUGGCCAUAUUCAUGUGGAAAUUAAGCAAUUUCUAUGCGAUCUUCAUGGCAUCUCGCAGUAUGAAAAACAGCUCUCAAUUAAACGAGAACUUUAUAGUUCCCAUUCACUGUUGGUGGUUCUUUAUAGCUACCCCUGUGCCCAACACUCCCCGCUGUUCUAGUUAUUUUCGUUCAAUUGAUCAUUUGACAUUAACUCGUUGACGGCGGCCAGAGUUUUCUUUGCUGCUCUGAGAUGUGAUGAGAUAUUGCUACUGCUGCUGCGGAAGAUGCGGACUGCUCCUCGCCAGCAUUGCCAGUUGCCCAUGUCGCCGCCAAUUAAGUGGGCUGAGUAACUCGCAUAGAAUUCCCUCCGCGUCAUCGUUCAGUCGCCAAGCCGCCAAGAUUCAGUAUUUUAAGCAGUUGGAGCAGCAGCUCAUCAUCCGGAAUGGGGCGAAUGGCUGUGGCCUGGAAACAUAUCUGGAGGAGGAUGCUUCACCCGGUGCCAUUACCCGCUGCCUGCUGCUAAAGCGGCAACGUAACCACUUUGAUCUUGUGGCCCUCUGCGAUAUGCCCGUGGAUAAGUACUCCGGCGACAAUUGGAUCAUCGAGGAGUAUUUUGUGGACCACAAUGACGACUAUCUAGUGAGUCAUCGAAUCACAGAUUGUCGGCGAAUAUCUUUCGUUUUCUCGUGUUGCAUUGUCAGCCCUACUAUUCUAUAGAAACACAUUUACUAUAUUCAAAAUAGUGUGGAAAAAGAAUAUGUACAGUAAUUGUAAUCCUAACAAAUUCCCUGCGGUGUGUUAAACAAAACUGUUAGUUAUAAUCUGUAUAUGUGAUAUACAUAUGUACACAUGUCGAUUCAAGUCAAAUGGUCGUCCAUAUAUUAUUCGAAUUUCUGCGAACACUAAAGUUAAAUCUUCUGGAAAUUUUGGCAUGAUUUAUUGGCAAUGCUACUGCUUUGACCGCCGCUAUAUACACCGAUUUUACACGGUGCCCACUCACUCUCCCUGUCUAUAUCCCCCCAAAUACACACAUGUUUAUCGGCUCCCGAGAGCGACGCCUUGGGGAUUCCUCUCCGCACUGUGCGCAUGUUCCUCUAAAGCGCCCAUGGCCCAUGCCGCACAGCUGAUGCUUCUUGCUCGGAGAUGCGCGCGCAGCUUCAUCCGGCGGAAAAGCAUCUACUUGCCAUUUGCUCCGUGGCCAUUGGAAAAUUAUAAAUACACGCGCCGCCGAAAGUCUGCGCUCUUCUCAGCUGCGGCCAGUUUUCGGCUGAGAAUUUUCAAAUUCGAGGAAACCGAAACAGAUUGAAAUCUACGUUUGUUGGCUGUGUGUCGCCGCCACUGCUGCCAUAUAAACCAUAUAAACUACAUAUUGUCGUCGCUCCGUCUUCGUCGUGUAACGGUACGGGUACCACGAGGAUCCCCCGCACACUCGCUGUCUCUCUCUAUCCGGCCAGAUCCGCCCGAUCUCUAUAUCGAUCGUCUCCUUUCGCGCACUUUGUUUAUCGAUAUAUGUGUGUGUGUGUGCCUGUGGUGUGUGUGCGUUUCUUGUGUUUUUGAACCUUCCUUUUCCUUUUGUAGUUGGCUGAGAAAAACCAAAUAAUCGAAUAGUACAAUAAUUAGAGCUACAUACGGGGCGUAUGUGCAAUAUAGAAACGCAUUUCGGAACGAUAGGAUAGGUAGAACAAUUGCUGGGAACCGUGACAUAAUCAAGCGCAAGAACAAAAAACAACCCAAAACUUAGAACAUUUAAGUGUUUUAAAAAUAAAACAGUAGCAGAGCGGCAAGAACAAAAUUGUUUAACACUGAGUGUUAAAAAGUGCGCGAUAUUCAUCGGACUGUAUUUGUUUAAACAAAACGCGAUGCAAGAUACCAGAGCCAAACUGUUUUAUUGACCCCCCGCCAAAGGUGGCGAGUGUAUAAUUCGGAAUAAUAUCAAGUGGGAUACCAUCCAGCCUCAUGAGCAGCUGUGAAACGUCCAAAACGCUGAUAGUGAACUUUGCACUUCUCCACCAAGUUUGCAAUUAGCGAGGCGAAAGAUACUUUUAAUAGAAAUAGCGGAUGGGGAUGGAGGAGACUAAAGCAACAUUCACUCAAUCGAAUACACAGAUAGAAAUGAAGAUAGUUUAAGAUUAUUUUGGAACUAUGGAACUUCGAACCUUAUUUCUUUGUAAACCAUGUUCCAAAGUUAAGGGUCAACAAGUAAAAACAGUUUAGUUACUAUUGUGCUUAGAUAAUAUGGUGAAUAUUUUUUCUGUGUACUCUGAGAUGAAGGCGAAGAAGACAACGCAGCGGCCAAGCAAAUCAAAACAAAAACUCAAAACUAACAAAUGGAGCACACACGUGUGUGUCCGUUAGUGUGUGUGCCACAUAGAUACAAACUAUCUAUAUGUGCGCCACAGAUCGGCGGGAUUAUUCAUCAGGCUGCCACAUCAUCAUCAUGUUGAUCUCCGCCGCUCCGGCGUCUCCUUCCGCUGCCCUCCAUCCUCCACUUUCCGCUUAGCUGGCGUUUUCUAUAAUAUUCGAAAGCUAUUUUCGUAAGGCUUGCAUUUAUAUUUAGUUGCCACAACAAACUUAUAGCAAAAAUCCAAGACACAAACUUGUACAUAAUUAAAUUUUGGCCAUAUGAUGAUGCCAACCAAAAUAAAAGUCAAUUGGGGUGGAAAACUUUUCCCCCUUAGAUUUUCCAACUCGAGUGUGUGUGCUUUCGGUACAGUGAAAGCUAUGCCAGAGCUCAGCAAAGAUUAGAAAAUUAAUGAAAACUCAAAGCGAAUUACAAAAUCCAAUCAGUCGAAUGUAAUUAUCAGAGAUCAGAGAUGCAUCUUCUAAAUGAAAGCUGUCAGUUCAAUUUGCAUGGCUGACCGAGGUUUCACUGUACUGGCACUACCGUCACACGUACUGUGUACUAGGUAUACCGUCGUCCAUUUGUUAAAAAUAAAAACAGAUUUCGAACCGAACGCAGAAUGGCAGGGAAAGAUGCCCAAUGAACCCCACCGAGAUAUCACCCAUAGGCCAAAACGAUCUCUCCAGGGAUAUUCACACAUCGCAAUAGAUCUAGGGCAAGGUGCAGGUCUUUUGGCUACAAUCGCAAAGGGGUAGGGGGUUUGCUUUUUGAUGAGGCGGCGCCGCGAUCAAUGAGCUCAUUGCUUUUUACGAUUUGUAAUUUGUAUAUGCCUCUGCUCUAUAUACCAAAACAAAUUGGGGGUGCUGUACAUGCUUGUACCCACAUAUAUGUCGGAUGUAUAUGGGCGCCAAAAAGAAACAGUCUUUGGUCGAACGGCGACCAUUGAUACAAUUAGUAAGUCAAGUCGUCGGGCAUUUGCCAAAAUGCCAAUGAGACAUUGACAUUGAGCGUGCGAUCGAUUGUUCCGAUCCGAUCUGAUCCGAAUAGAACCAAUACGAAAUAAUCCGAUGUUGCGCAGGUUUCCUUUGGGGCCAACAUUGGCAGCCUCGCGAGUCUUGCCCAGCUAGUCGAACCCAACGCAAUUCGUGGGAGCCGCCAGUGCAAUAUUAGAUAAUCGAGUAAUUUUUCCUCUUGGGAUCCAGAAAGAAAACUGACAAUCAACCGGAGAGUUCACCACACCCCUUGGAAUGUCCAACGAACUUAGCGAACUGAUCGCCCUUGGCUGUCCAGACCUCGCGGCACAAAAGCCGCAGGGCGGUAGCACCCAGGUGGAGUUGAUCCUCAACACUGAGCGCCGCCUGAGCAUAAAGCAGAUGACGGCCACGGAUUUGGCCACUCUAAGGGCAACAGCAGCCGCGGAAGCGGAGGCCAGAUCUCGAGCGCAAGCGGAGGCGGAAGCUCGAGCAAUUGCCCAGGAACAGUUGCGCCAAGCCCGCGAGGCCGAGUCCAAGGCCAGAGCACGUGCUGCCCUCGAGGUGCAGGCCCAGCUGCAGAGGGUGAUGGAGAGCGAGAAACGCAGGCAACAGGAAGAGGAGGAAAGGCGCAGCAGGCAACAAGCAGAGGAGGAGCAGGAGGAUGAUGAAGACGAGGAUGAGGAAGAGGAACUGACCAAGGGUUCCCUUCCAGCCAAUUCAGGUCCAAGGGAACGCAUUGCUUCGCUACCCAGCAACAUAGAUGAUGCCAUGGAGAUGCACCUUCUCAGCGUUUCGCAGCCGAAGGCCUCUUCCAAAGAUGACUCACCGCCUAAGAAGAGUACCUCUCACAUAGCGGACUCAAUUGAGCUGCUGAGAAUGCAGCGAGCUGCUCGGGAUGCCCGAUCCCACAAUUGCAGUCGAGAGCGGUCAAUUUCUCCUGAUCGUAAUCGCGAAAGGAGCGCUGCUCCAGAUCGCCUCCAGAGUUCUGUUAGCAUGAGCAGUUUGGACUCGGCCAGUGCAUCGGCAUCCAGACAACCCAGCAAGGCAGGCAGUCGACGUGGUAGCACUACGAGUACCACCGGUGUGGAGCCUCCACUUAUGGCAGCACCUCCACAGCCUACCAAAUUUCCACUCACUAAGACGGUGUCAGCGCCCAACAUGGACCGCCGGCGGAGCAGUCUGACAUCGCUCUUCCCUGGGCCAUCGCCAUUGGUGGCACCCGAACCAUCUCUGCACACCAAUCCCGAUCCAAGGGUUCAAGAACAGAUUGAAGAGGAUCGUCGUCGCCGGCGAAUGGACGAUGGUUACCGUGACAUACCCAGCGGAAAAAUGGUGCAUCGAACGAAGACACCGCCACCAGUGGGCACUAACCUUGGAGUGAGCCUCAAGCGGGUGACAGCGCCCAGUGGAUCGAUAACCAUCAAGCCCAAGGAGUCGCCCAUGCUGGGAGUCGUACUGCGUAGAGUGGAGAAGAAAACUGUACCGCAAAAGAGCAUUCUGGACGACGAUAAACCACUGUACCACUUCUCCAUUGUGCGCAGCGACCACAAGGAACACGUGCCUGCUCAGAAACCAAAACCCAAGCCUGCUCCUCCAGCUGCUAAACCAAGUCCCGGUGGCAUCCUCACUGGACCCCAAGUAAUUCGAAAUGCUCCUAAGCAACCUGUGCCCGCAAAGCCACAGCGUCCUAUGCCCGGCGUUCCCAUCACUAUCACAAAGAUCGAGGGCGACAAGAUUAUCAUCAUCAAGAAGAUCAUUGUGCCUAAGAACAGUAAGAUACCGGAGCAGUAUCUGCAGAUGAGUGAAGAUGCCGGCAAGCCAGCAAUUACAGUGCCCUCAGCGGUAUCCCCCUCCGCAGCCGCAUCACCAAGCCUAAGAACAAAAGAGGAAUCCCAGCCAGCUAUGCAGAAACCUACGCCGCCGCCGGCCAUUGGCCAGCAGUUCUUUCAGGUGGUCUCCCCGCAGUUCGCCUCUGUGCUAUCAUCCAGCAUCCCGGAGAGCAAGUGUGCGGUGCGUUCUCCGAUAUCCUCCCCACUAGCAAUCCGGAAGUGUCGUCCACCUUUGCUGCCGGCGAGUCCAAAGUCCACUCCUCCACUACCGAGAAAACAUCACCCUCUGGCUUACAACGCGGCAACGGGAACAAUCAGCAGUGCCUCUGGAGCAGCGUUGCCUUCCCGGUUAAUGACCACCAUUGCCUCCAGCCCGGCUUCUAGUAUAUCGCUGUCCUCCUGUAGUUCACCUUCAUCAUCUCCACCACCGCCAGUACCAUGUCGAGCUCCUAAGAAUGCCAGUAGACCUGUUGCUGCGCCUGCUGCCCCACCUCCAUCCACCUCGAACGAAAUCAGUUUGGACAAGUUGCUGCAACAGCAGCAGGAGCUAGAGGAGAAAUCCGCGGCAGCCACAAACAGCGCAAAAAUGGAUGCAAACUUCUACGAUGCCGAGAUUGAGAUGAUGAACAAGUAUCUUAAGAGCCUGCCUGACUACAGCGAACUGGACAGAAAGCUGCACCAGGAGUUCCAGGAGUGCGAGGAUCUCUAUGACAAGAUCAAGCGUCAGCAGCAGCCGCUGGCCAAGUCCAAUUCGCAGCAAUCGGUCACGAAGGCAGUAGGACCAGGAGUGCCUGCGAUCUCCUCCGGCUUAUCCAAGUCUUCUUCAAUUAACUUCGCCCAGAAUCCCAGCAGUCGUGGAGCUGCUCCGCGUUUGGCCUAUCCCUCGAUAUUUUCCCAGGCUGCAGGCGAACCCAAGCUGCAGCGCAGCAUUUCAAGUUCUAAUAUGCCAAUAAGUGCACCUACUCCAAUGCGCCCGCUGCCCACCAAGAAUGGCCUGCAAAGUGGCUCCAAUCUGUCCCUUAACAAACAGUUGAUGAACGAAUUCUGGAGCGAGAAUCUCACCAGUUCUCAAAAGCGGCAAACGCCUAAGCGAACCUUUUGGAACUACGAGAAGAUCUGUGGUGCCCAGUUGGGCGAUGCAGGACAACCCUUUAAGGUGGAUGCAAAGACUGCCAAGAAAUUGGCUAUAUUUGAUCCCACAGUUGCGGAGGCCGCUCAGAAGGAGUUGCAACGACCUCAGCAGUCACAGGUGCCACAAAGUCAGCCGCACAGACUGCAGAAGAAUGCCUCUUUGUCGCACCUGGACCUCAAGGUGCGUCAGGCGGUGACCAAGGACGAUCUCUAUAAGCUGAUCUGCAACGAGCAAUCUCCGUUGGCAGGAUCGAAUUUUGUGAGUAGAGUCCCGGUGAAGCAGCAAUUUCCAGCACAGCAGCAACAGGUGCUUCCAAAGAGCAUGUCCAUGACGCAUGUGCCGGGUGGUGGUCAACCCAUGGGAGCUCCAUUGCUGCGAACUUCUAGUCGCACUCAUAUACCCUGCUACAUGAAGAAUCUACCCUCUUUGAGCAGGAGCACAUCAAACUCUGCAAUACUCAUUACCCAACCGCGAAAGGAACCUCCACCAAAGGAACCUCUGAAAGCUCCAGCACCACUUCCUGCCAUAGCUGAUGCUGCACCGACUGUGGGCAAGCCAAGUGGCGUCCUAAAGAGCUCCAGCAGUUCCUGUGUCCCCUCACCGCGUUGUGCCGCUGCCUUCUUUCGCCGACCUCAAGAAUCUAACAAUCCUCAGCAGCAACAUCACCAGCCACUUCAGAAACCGCAGCAAGUGGCGCCCAUCGAGGAAUCCGGACCUGGUGAUUCCGCAUCUCUGGAACGAAAAUCGGAGAAGAGCAAUAGCACGUUAAGCACAAGCAGCUUUACGGUGACCAACUGUUGCACAACCCACCUGCCGCAGCUCUCCAAGUUCACCUCAUCGUUCCAUAUUGCCCCCAACACAGCAACAACCACAGCCGCUACAGCAACACCGACCCCAACAGCAGCUGCAACAACAAGCGAUCAGCAGCAGCAAAGUGGCGGAGCAGCGGCCAUGGUGGCUGCCAACUUGGAGGUGCCAACAUCGUCAUCGUCUUCAGCGGCCACAAAGCGCCAGAAAGAUGUUGACAACAAGCUAGAAAAAUGCUUGAACGACAUGCUAAAGUUGAAGACCAGCAGCAACAGCAACAACACUAGUAACAGCAAUAAUAAUGCAAUCAUGUCGCAGUCGCUGACGGGCGAGCACAAAGACCCGAAGACUGCACUCGAAGGCCCCACGAGCAGCAGCAGUAGCAAGUACGUAGGUGAAUCUCAGAUCCCCGUGCCAGUUCAGCUGUACGAUCCGCAGAAGCCGUUGCUGCAGCAACAGCAGAAGCAACAAAGGCUCUGCUAUCCCAUAGGCAAAUCUAACUCUACCUCUCAGCUGCCCAUGGGCGGCUAUCAGCGAUUGCUGCAACAGCAGCAGCAGCAGCAGCAACAACAUCACCAACAGCAACAUCAAGAACAGCAGCAGUAUCCGCAGCACAAGCGACCCUUCCUCAACUGGAAUAGCUUUGCAUGUUCCGCCAUGAACGGAGCGAGUGAUCCCUUUAUGCAGCAGCAACACAUGCCUGCCCACCAGCAACAUCUGCCACAUAAGCUGCAGCAAUCAUACUCCUCGUCGCAUGUGCCGAAACAGGCGCCCAAAUCAGGACUGGCCAUGUUUCUGCAGAAUAACACCAACAAGGAGAACAAGUUUGGCCAGCCGAUGCAGCAGCAGCCACCCGGCAUGAUGCCCCAGAUGUACGGAUACCAGGCGCCCCAGCAGCAAUCCAAGAUGGGCUAUCCCCGCACCGGUGCCCCACUGACGCACUCGGCCUCCUUCAGCUCCGCCCAAAGGCCGACGGCCCUGCAGUUCCACCAGCAACAUCAGCAGCAGCAGCAACAGCAGCAACACCCCCAGCAGCAACAACAGCAGCAUUCCAGCUUUGGGCUGGGCAUGAUGAGUAGGAAUUACUAUAAUGUGCCCAAGCAGCCAGAGCGCAAGCCGCUGCAGACCUUCGAUCCGUAUGCCUAUCCCAAGCCGAAUCAGAUGCAGCCGGUCAAGUACCAGCAGCAGCAGCAGCAACCGCAUCCGCAUACGCAGUUUCUGAAUGUUUCCGCUGCAGGAGGCGGCGGCGGUGCCGCUGGGCUUCAAUACGAUCCAAAUACAAAUAUGCAAUUGUUUUACGCGUCGCCACCGUCAUCGUCAUCGAACAAGCAACCGCAGCAACCGCAACAGCAACAGCAGCAGCAGUCGCAGCUACAACAAAGCAAUUCUGUCAUAUUCAAUCACUCAGGCCAGCAACACCAACCACAUCAACAGCAGCAGAAUGAAAUGUCCAAGUCCGCAUUGGGGCUGCACUUCAUCGAGACAGCAAAGCCCGUCAUUCAAGAUGAUGCUGAUGGUCACUUAAUUUACCACACCGGAGACAUUCUCCAUCACAGAUAUAAGAUCAUGGCCACACUGGGCGAGGGAACUUUUGGACGUGUGGUCAAGGUCAAAGAUAUGGAGCGUGAUUACUGUAUGGCUUUAAAGAUUAUAAAGAACGUGGAAAAGUACCGCGAAGCUGCCAAGCUGGAGAUAAAUGCUUUGGAAAAGAUUGCCCAAAAGGAUCCGCAUUGUGAUCAUUUGUGCGUGAAAAUGAUUGACUGGUUUGAUUAUCAUGGACACAUGUGUAUAGUUUUUGAAAUGUUGGGGCUCAGUGUUUUCGAUUUUUUGCGAGAGAACAACUAUGAGCCAUACCCGCUGGACCAAGUGCGCCAUAUGGCCUAUCAAUUAUGCUACUCUGUGAAAUUUCUACAUGACAAUCGUUUAACGCACACAGAUCUCAAGCCGGAGAACAUUCUCUUCGUCGACUCGGAUUAUACUUCUCACUAUAAUCAUAAGAUUAACCGCGAGGUGCGCCGCGUCAAGAACACGGACGUUCGCCUAAUCGACUUCGGGUCGGCCACCUUCGACCACGAGCACCACAGCACAAUUGUCUCGACGCGACAUUACCGCGCGCCUGAGGUCAUACUGGAGCUGGGGUGGUCACAGCCGUGUGACGUUUGGUCCAUUGGGUGCAUCUUGUUCGAACUGUAUCUGGGAAUCACGCUCUUCCAAACGCACGACAAUCGCGAGCACCUGGCCAUGAUGGAGCGAAUCUUGGGACAAAUACCAUAUCGCAUGGCACGAAAUCAUACUCUUUAUAGCAAAACCAAAACAAAGUACUUCUAUCAUGGUAAGUUGGAUUGGGAUGAGAAGUCCAGUGCGGGUCGCUACGUCCGUGAUCACUGCAAGCCGUUGUUCCUGUGCCAGCUGAGCGACAGCGAGGACCACUGUGAGCUCUUCAGUCUGAUCAAGAAGAUGUUGGAGUACGAGCCCUCGUCACGCAUCACGUUAGGUGAGGCCCUGCAUCAUCCGUUCUUCGAUAGGCUGCCACCGCACCAUCGAGUGGGUGAGGUCAGCAACAAGCAGCCCCUUUCGUCGGGCAGCAGCAGCCGCGAACGGUCGCAUAGCCUCUCCAGAUGAGAAUUACAGCGAUUUGGUUAUUGUUGACAGACAGCGCUAAUUAAGCACUCACUCAUACAAACAUACACUCAAGGCAGUCGUCCAGCAACGUCUUGCACCCGCCUCGUAGAGUAGGCCACCAACUUUACGAUGAACCCUAUUUUAAGAGCAAAAGUCUUUUAUUUUAAAUUUUUGAACUUGACUUGUAUAGAUGUUUAUUAUACAAAAAUCCAUUGAUCCCUUUUGAUCCUUUGUUUCCAAAAUACUUCGUGCACAUGUUGCUGUGCAUUAUAUUUAGAGCUGUGUAGCGCCUUGUUGCGCUUGUGCAUUGUACCAUACCCGCCAACAGUGUUUUGUUCUGUAAUGAUAACCAAAUCGUGUAUAAUACUGAAAGUGCGGUGCGUCUUCCCGACACCAGAACCUAAUUGUAAAUGUCUUGCAUUGUGCACACCACACCCUAAGGUGGAGGAGAAUAAUUGAACCGACUGCAAACCGAUAAUUGGAAUAUACAAAUGUAGUUGUAAAAUAAGAAAGUCGCUUAAGCGCUAGUUGAAAUGCAUCCCCAUAUGUACACCUGUCACUGAACCGGGAGCCGACUAAUUUGUAAUUAAUGCACCAUUUCGAGAGCGUGAACUGUACGCUAAUGCAAGCCAUUAUGUACACCGCCCACGAAUGUACGGAUACUUGUAAAUGUAAAGAGCAAUUGUUAUGCCACCCUGUGUACACUUCAGCGAUCGCAGCGCAUUUUGUGUAAAUUCAGUAGCAGCCCCCAGAGUCAUCUCUCUUAGAAUACGUUUUGAAAUGUGUAGAGCCGUUGCCGGCCUGUUUUGUUCGUUUUCGUUUACAACCGAAUAUCGAAAGAUCAACCCAUUUACACAUUGCUACACACAGAGUAUAAUUGAAUAUACUUAUACAUACUUAAUUCAAAUGAUUGUGAGUUAGUUUAAUAUUACAUAAAUAUUAAUUAUAAAUUACAUUAUUUGCAAUUUAACCCGAUCAACCAGCAUAUAAGAUAAAAACCAAUAUUGUCAAGUUAUUAAAAAGUGGAAUAAAUCUUAAAUAAAAAAGAA